UUUUCAACAUAUAAAAACGGUUUACACUCAGUUCAGGCAUUAAGUGAAGAAUCACAAUGACAGCAACAACAGUUCUAGUUUUUUUCGCCCUUUUGGCAGCUGCAAUAGCUACCCCGCUCGGUUUCAACUCCGGUGGACGAAUCGUGGGGGGCUCGAACGCCACCACUGGUCAAUAUCCAUUUAUAGUUUCCCUCCGAACACCCUCCGAUUCCCACAACUGUGGCGGAUCUCUCAUUAGAAACAACUGGGUGGUCACUGCAGCCCAUUGUGUCUCUGGCUACCCCGUCAACUACUACACCGUAGUGGCCGGUAUAACCCAGCUCAAUUCACCCACUGGCAUCAGACGAAAAGUCUCCCAAGUCAUCGUCAACAGCGGCUGGAACUCCUGGACGAUCGAAAACGACGUAGCAGUCAUCCAACUGGACGAACCCCUAACCCUGUCACCCACAAUACAGACCAUCCAGCUGGACGUGAAGAACUUCGACGAGGAACGACCAUGCACUGUGGUCGGAUGGGGGAGACUUUCAGCUGGGGGGGUAAUUCCCAACAACCUCCAAUAUCUGGAAUCGUUGACCAUUCCGCUGUCAAGGUGUAGAUCUUUGUGGGGAAGCAUUAACCCGGUUUUUGAUAGUCAAGUUUGUACUUUAACCCGAAGUGGAGAAGGUGCUUGUAAUGGGGAUUCUGGAGGUCCUCUGAUUUGUAAUGAAGAUGGAAGCGACAAGCUCUGUGGAAUAGUUUCCUGGGGGUCCCCAUGUGCCAGAGGCAUGCCGGAUGUUUUUACCAGAGUGUCUACUUAUGCUGAUUGGAUCCAAAGCCAGAUAGGAGAUUAAUCUGUUAAGACGUUCUAUAAAUCAUUGCUUCGGCGAAUUAGCUAUUGUAUUUAAUAUGAUUAAAGGAUAAAUCUUUAUAAGCAUUA